UGGAAUUCCCCUCAGAUCUUUCUUGAAGAUUCCAAGAGAAUUAAAUUAGAGCCAUGGGGACACGGAAGGUUACUGUACCUCUGAUCUUUGCCAUCACCGUUGCUACAAUAGGCUCUUUCCAAUUUGGCUACAACACCGGAGUCAUCAAUGCCCCGGAGAUGAUCAUAAGGGACUUUAUCAAUUACACUUUGGAAGAGCAGUUAGAAAACCUUCCCAGUGAAGUGUUGCUGACAUCCCUCUGGUCCUUGUCUGUGGCUAUCUUCUCCGUCGGUGGUAUGAUUGGAUCCUUUUCCGUUGGACUCUUUGUCAACCGCUUUGGCAGGCGCAAUUCAAUGCUUAUUGUCAAUCUAUUGGCUAUCACUGGUGGCUGCCUUAUGGGAUUCUGCAAAAUAGCGGAGUCAGUUGCAAUGCUGAUUCUGGGCCGGUUGAUAAUUGGCCUCUUCUGCGGACUCUGCACAGGUUUUGUGCCCAUGUACAUUGGAGAGAUAUCUCCUACUGCCCUGCGGGGAGCCUUUGGCACUCUGAACCAGCUGGGCAUCGUUAUCGGGAUUCUGGUAGCCCAGCUCUUUGGUCUGAAAAUCAUCUUGGGAACUGAAGAUCUUUGGCCAGUGCUGUUGGGCUUCACCAUCCUUCCAUCUUUCCUACAAAUCAUAGCCCUUCCAUUUUGCCCAGAAAGUCCUAGAUUCUUGCUGAUUAACAGAAAGGAAGAAGACAGUGCUAGAAAGAUCCUCCAGCGGCUGUGGGGCACCCAAGACGUGACUCAGGACAUCCAGGAGAUGAAAGAUGAGAGUGUUAGGAUGUCACAAGAAAAGCAAGCCACUGUGCUGGAGCUCUUCAGAUCACCGAGCUACCAAUGGCCCAUCAUGAUUUCCAUCAUGCUCCAGCUCUCUCAGCAACUUUCUGGAAUCAAUGCUGUGUUCUAUUACUCAACAGGAAUCUUCAAAGAUGCUGGUGUUCAGGAGCCGAUCUAUGCCACCAUUGGUGCCGGUGUGGUUAAUACCAUCUUCACUGUAGUGUCUCUGAUUCUGGUGGAAAGGGCAGGAAGGAGGACUCUACAUAUGAUUGGCCUUGGAGGAAUGGCUUGUUGUUCUGUCCUUAUGACUAUUUCCAUGUUAUUAAAGGAUUCGUCUAGCUGGAUGAGCUUUGUGUGCAUUGGGGCUAUCUUGGUGUUCGUGGCCUUCUUUGAGAUUGGCCCAGGCUCCAUUCCCUGGUUUAUUGUGGCCGAGCUCUUCAGCCAGGGACCCCGCCCGUCUGCAAUGGCGGUGGCUGGCUGUUCCAACUGGACCUCCAACUUUUUGGUCGGACUGCUCUUCCCUUCAGCUGCAUUCUAUUUAGGACCCUACGUAUUUAUUAUCUUCACCGGAUUCCUCGUGAUCUUCUUGGUCUUCACCUUCUUUAAAGUCCCUGAGACCCGCGGCAGAACUUUUGAGGACAUUACACAAAGCUUUGAAGGGCAGGUGCACAUGGCAGGCAGAGCUGAGGAAGCCUUCGUUGAGAUGAACAGCAUGCAGCCUGACCAGGACACCACCAACGUCUAAGCCGUGCCUCCUUCCCACCUCUCUCCCAACAUGAAAGUAACCUCUCCCUGAACGGGGAGAGACCUCAUUAGGUUGUAACCUGGGACUGUUUCUGAAUGCUGCUACUUGAAUCUUUUCUCAUCCCCACACUCCAUGAGCACUCAGAGGACCCCAGUGCUGAGGUUAGUUGUAUCUUCAGUGGCUUUUUAAACAUUUCAUUUCUUGGGCAUUCUCUUCUGUUUGGAAGAGACCAAGUGAACCUACCUUCAUUUCAGGAGGGAUUGGCUGCUUGGCAUUUGACAACUUUGCCAGUUCUCCGUCCUUUAAGUUCUAAUAUUGCUCCACGAGGGCAUGUAGGGAAGAAAGCAUUCCCCAACCUCAGACUCACCAGGAAACAGAUAGACAUGAGAGUGUGGAGGCAGAGAG